AUUUUCCUAGGCAGUGAUUAUUUUUUAGCGUACGAAGGCGAGUAGCUAGUGUCGAUCUGAGCAGAACAUGGAUUCUGCCGGCGACGAUGACGAUACGGACAAGGGGAGAAACAGCGAGACCAAACCUAUGAUGGCUUCUUCCGGAAAAAAAGCCGAACGCGCUUGCAAACGUAGAUGAAGAGGACACUGGUAAAGGGUUAGCCAGGACAUUAACGCUGACAAACAGUGUGACAAUGAUUGUGGGAUGUAUCAUAGGAUCGGGAAUUUUUGUGAGCCCCACAGGCGUGCAAGAAGCUGCUGGAUCUGUCGGUGCUUCAUUAAUUAUCUGGGUCUUGUGUGGAUUGUGGUGUGGACUUGGAGCGUAUAUCUAUGCCGAACUUGGAACGCUGAUCACAAAAUCGGGUGGUGAUUAUGCGUACAUCAUGGAAGCCUUCGGUCCAUUUGUUGGUUUUCUGAGGCUAUGGAUCGAAAGCAUGGUGGUCAGACCAUGCGCCUUGACGAUCGUGGGGCUAACGUUUGCGCUCUACAUGCUCCGGCCGUUCUACCCAGAUUGUGAUCCCCCUCCUUAUACAAAAGAACUACUAGCUGCAGUGAUGAUAAUGAUUCUUGGCGCUAUCAAUUGCUGGUCUGUGAAAUUGGCAACUUUGGUGCAAGAUUGGUUCACAUACGCAAAAAUCGUCGCUCUUCUUUUAGUCAUCGUUACUGGAGCAGGCCUUCUUAUGUUCGGUGGUCCACAAUAUAGAGAAUCGUUCGAAAAUAUCUUCGAAGGAAAUUUCCGAGAUUUCUAUCAAGCUUCAGUAGGAUUUUACUCAGGACUUUUCGCUUAUCAAGGCUGGACAUAUCUCAACUUCAUUACGGAAGAGCUAAUCAAUCCGAAAAGGAACCUACCACUUGCCGUGAUGUUCUCUUGUGUCAUCGUUACAGUAAUCUAUACUUUGUUCAAUGUUGCCCUGUACGUGGUGAUCUCUCCUGACGAAAUGCUAAUCAGUCCUGCGGUUGCAGUGCUGUUUGCGCAGAAAGUCUACGGCAAAUUCGCUUUCAUUAUGCCACUUUGUGUUGCAAUCUCAACUGUGGGAUCGGCUAAUGGUGUUAUUAUGACAAGUUCCAGGCUUUUCUACUGUGGUGCUCGAGAAGGUCAUAUGCCAGUUUUGCUGACCAUGAUCAACAAAAAGUUACGAACACCCAUUCCAGCUGUGGUUUUCACUUGCAUGGUCUCAAUCGGUUACUUGUUCCUUUCAAGUAACCUCUAUGUACUUAUCACUGCAAGCCAAGUAACCGCUUGGCUUGCUAUCACUGUAGUGACUAUAGCGUUGUUUAGACUCCGAUGUAUGUAUCCCGACGCUCCUCGGCCUGUUAAGGUGAACAUCAUUUUCCCCAUAAUAUUUGUAAUUGGAUGUACUGCGCUUGUUAUUCUUCCCAUCUUCGGAUCCCCGAUAGACACAGCAAUUGGUUUUGCUGUGCUAUUUUCGGCGGUGCCCAUAUACGUCCUCUUUAUAUGGUUUGGAAAAAUGCCACAGUGCUUCAACGUUUUGAUGUAUAAAUUCACUGUCUUCUGGCAAAAACUGUUCAUGUUGGUCGAUGAUAAUAAAUACGACUGACAAGCGCUAAUCGCUGGAUCAGCUUGCUGCAAAUUUUAUGAAAUGAUUUUGUUACGAAGCUAUUGAUUUAUUUAUUCGCACCAUCCAAAAAGGGUCGAUAAA